CAACCUAUGGAGUGGGGUGAGGCGAACAAAAGAUGCCAGUGCUUGGGUGGAAGCCGUACUGUACUGUACCUCUUUCGAACUCGUCCAUUUUUUAAAUAGUCGAAGCGCUUCACAACUCACGAGAAAUGAUCAACUGUCGCUCUUUGAGGCUCUUUCUCCUCUUGGUGCUGAUUGGUGGAGAGAGCUCGGCGAGACUUGUCAUGCAUCCUGGGUCAAAGUUCAAGGUCACGGUGCCCACUUGGAAUCUGCCUGGUUCUACGUCACUUUGCCUGUGUAGGAAUCAGUGUUUGGUCCAACCUGCCUGCACGGCCGUGUCAGUCCAACUCAAUGCAAGCGGUGUUCAGUGUGCCUUCACCUCUGAGCCAGAACCCGAAAGCUACCUUGUGAACUCCGGCGAGGGUCAUGCUGUUUUUGCUACGUCAGAAGCGACCAGCCUCGCAGCCCACGAGACCUCUUCUGCCUCUACACCGACUCCUUCAAGAACGGCAACGGAACCCACGGAUCUCGGACAGGAGUUUCAAACACAACAGGGCACAUCCUCGCCACCAGAAACUUCGGAAAUCACAGAUCCCAUCAACAUUUUAACACUGCCAGACACAGCCUCAGAGACAAGCAACGCUGCUUUCUCUGACCCAUCUUCGCUAACCAACUAAUCGGGUCAACGCGAAUCGGUUUCGAAUCCAGUCAGGUGGGACUUAUUCGGACAUUGAGCAGUACUAACCUUCACAAUCUGUUAUAUCAUUGUAAUAGUACUGAAUAUAAGAUGGAAUAACACCAGGUGAAUAUAAUCUCAUAUUCAAAACAGUCUUGAAAUCGAUUUAUUUUAUUUUGAAAUCAAAGACAAAGAGAGGUUCGGAUGAAAAUGAAAAGAAAUUUAAGGAAUGAUACCGACCUUACAGAUAAGGAGGAAAAUGCAUGGAGACAAUGUAUUGUAAUACUCAUAGGAUUAAUAAAUAGUUAAAUAUAA